AAACGGGGAUUUCCUGAGGAAGUCUGACCAGGGGGCUUUCCAGCAUUCGGUUUGACAUCAACAGCUCUUGAUAUUCAUGGGCGCCUGUGUAGCCUUUAGCGCCACAGGUUUUUUUGCUAUUUUAUUUCAGUUCUUGUGUUCGGGGUCAAUUAUGUCUACUUUAAUUAGCUUAUCCCUGGCUGCGCCUUUGAAGAGCGGCGAAAUCCCAUCUCUUUCUAUGUAAUUUAGACGGUGUCUUCGCGUCUAUGACUGCCAGUCACCGAGGCUCCAUUUCUAACAUUGUUCAUUAAAACAGUGUGGGAUUGGACGACGACGCUGACGAGCUGAUUCAUGUCAUGUCCGCGGGGCGUGCUGUUGAACUGCAGGUGGCGCUGCAGCGAGCGCCUCUGUCUGUCUCCUCCCUGGCCCAGCGGCCGUGGCCCGACGCGGGCUUCCUGCCGGUGCACGCCGGCUUCCGCGACCGCUUCGUGGAGACCCCCGAGGCCAAGUACUGCUGCGAGGACUGCCGCCUGGUGCUGUGCCAGCCGCGCCAGACCGAGUGCGGACACCGCUUCUGCGACACCUGCAUCAACAGCCUGCUCAGUAAACCUAACCCAGUGUGUCCAGCUGAUAAGGAGCCGUUAUUUGAGGACAAGAUCUUCCGGGACGUGUGCUGUCACAGGGAAAUCAUGGCUCUGAAGGUGUACUGUCGCAGUCAGAAGAAUGGCUGCCAGGAACAGAUGAGUCUGCAACAGGUCAUGGAUCACCUGAACGUGUGUCCGUACUAUGAGGUGCCGUGUCCACUGGGGAAGUGUAAGGAGCGCAUGAUGAGGAAGGACAUACCGGACCACCUGAGCUGGAAGUGCAAAUACAGAGAGACCACCUGCGAGUUCUGCAAACACAAGAUGGCACUGACUGAACUACAGAAACACAAAGAGACAGUGUGUCCUGCUUUCCCAGUGUCCUGUCCCAAUCACUGCUCCUUUCCAUCCAUUCUCAGAAGCGAGCUUCCCAGCCACCAGCAUGACUGUCCCAAGGCUCAGGUGUGCUGCCCCUUCUCCCGUUUCGGAUGCACUUUCAAGGGUCUUAACCAGGACAUGAGAGAACACGAGUCCAGCUUUGCCUCUGAACACCUGCGCAUGAUGGCGGCCAGGAACACUACACUAGAGGCCAAGAUGGAGGACGUGAAGGACGAGCUCCAGGAGCGCUAUAAGGUCCUGCCUGGCCUGAACAUGCGCAUAGAGACGCUGGAGAAGCACUAUGAAGACAUGAGGGAGAAGAACAGACAGCUCGAGCAGAAGUUAGCUGCCAUGCAGAAGCUGAUGAGCUCCCACACGGAGAAGCUGCUGGAGGUGGAGAUGGAGCUGAGGACUCUGCGGACGGUGCGGGAGGAGGUGGAGACGCUCAGGAACUCCCUGGAGACCAUCCGCACCCGCGUCAACAGCCUGGAGCUGGGGCGGGGGACUGCCAGCUCUGGGACACACACGCUAGGCUCCCUGGAGACGCUGGUGUCCCGACACGACGACAUGCUGUCGGUGCACGAGGUGCGCCUGGCCGACAUGGACCUGCGCUUCCAGGUCCUGGAGACGGCCAGCUUCAACGGCACGCUCAUCUGGAAGAUCCGCGACUACAAGCGACGGAAGCAGGAGGCGGUGGCCUCCAAGACACUCUCGCUCUACAGCCAGCCCUUCUACACGGGCUACUUCGGCUACAAGAUGUGCGCACGCGUCUACCUGAACGGCGACGGCAUGGGCAAGGGCACGCACCUGUCGCUCUUCUUCGUGGUGAUGCGCGGCGAGUAUGACGCCCUGUUGCCCUGGCCCUUCAAGCAGAAGGUGACGCUCAUGCUCAUGGACCAAGGCCCCCCGCGCAAGCACCUGGGCGAUGCCUUCAAACCCGACCCCAACAGCAGCAGCUUCCGCCGACCCACGGCCGAGAUGAACAUCGCCUCGGGCUGCCCGCUCUUCGUGUCGCAGCCCGUGCUGGAGAACGGCACCUACAUCAAGGACGACACCAUCUUCAUCAAGGUCACCGUGGACACCUCCGACCUGCCUGACCCCUGAGUGGGGUGGGGGGGUUUUUCAAAUGUUGUACUCCCCCGGGGAAACAAAAGGGGGUUGGGGGGGCGAAAGACCCCCUGUUAAACGAAAGUACACGUCCGCUAUCGGCGAAGGCGAGCCAACGCUGGGACGACACAGGGACAUGCAAGGAGGCAAAGAACGAGCGAAAAAGGGAGAGCGGAGGCGAAAGUGAGCUGAGGCACGUUGAUUGAUGGUCUUGCGGCAAGUGUGAAUUGACAGGGCGAGAGGUGGAAUCGCUUUAAUCUAAAGAAUGUUUGUGUGUGAGAGCGAGUGUGUGUGUGUGUGUGUGUGUGUGAGUGCGAUUGUGUGCGCAUCUGUAGGAGCGCGUGCGUACAUGGAGCUGAUGGUUUAGCCCUUGUACUAUCUUUUUGCCGUCAGCUUCCAGGUAACGAAAGACGAGAUGGAGAACCGUAUGAAUUAUUAGCUUGAUGUCUCCGAGCUCGAAGCCUCCGUCGUACCAGGCUCCUGGUAAUCAUAUGUAUUAGUCUUAAAUAUCGGCUUCAGGUGCAUACUAAUGGGAAACUUCUAUAUGUGGACGCGGACUUUAGCUGUGUUUAGCCGUGGUGUUGCCGGGAGACUGCGGGGCGAGCAGCCCCCAUUACGGCACGCUGCGGAGUCGUAACUGGCAGUCUUGUGAUGGAUCGUAGUCGUCCUGUUACAGUGCUGCGGUGGAGUGGAGUGUGAUGUUUUUGUGGUAGAUGUUGUGACCGUGGUGUGUGAUCAGCUGUAGAUGGGCCGUGGGGCUGGGGGGGGGGUGUGCGCCACGAAAAGGGGUGGCUACCUGGGGGUGGUUUGUCAUGCUCAGAAGGUCAGUGACUUGCGCAUGACGAACGGAGAAGACUGAAUGAUCUGAUUGUACUCCUGGCUCAGCGAAGUCGAUCCGUUUUCGUUUCUUUCAAAACAAUAUUUGUGCAGAAUCAUACAGACUCAUUUCAACUUGGCAGGUGUAUGCGGCCGGAACCUGUGUAGACUGGCCGCAUCACACUGCUCUAGUACCCACUCUCAUUAUUAUGGUAAUGUUGAACUCUCAUGGAUGCUGUGCAUCGGAAUCUCCAUAUUGUUUAUACACCGAAUUAAUUAUUUGCCUAUGAUUCCAGCCAUGCGAAUCAACAUCAAGUUAAUCUCAUGGUGGGAAAUAUUAUUUGCACAAUUUAUGUUUGAAUGUGUACCACAUAAAAAUGUUUUUAAAUACAAA